CGCGAUGGCCGAGCUCGGGACGCUCCACAAGCAGCAUGCGCGGGCCCGCGAUGUCAUCGGCGCCAUAUGCGACCGCCUAGCAGCCAAGGAGACAGCGCUGGACGAAGCAGCCCGGGGCAUGCAAGCGCUCCGCGACGAGAUGACCCAGCGCAAGGAAGAAUGGGCCAUGGAGAAGGCAAACAUGGCGCGCGCGCUGGAGGACAUGCAAGAAGAGAUGGUGGGGAAGGACCGGCGAUACACCGAGCUCCAUCGUGAAUGGCAUGCGGCGAGUGACCAAGUCGAAGCGCUCCAGCAAACCCUGCAAGAACGAGAAGCCUACGUAGCUAAGAUAUUCGCGGAACGGGAAGCGUCCACGACCAUGACAGAAGACUCCGCAACGAAGCAUGAGGCGGCCGUGCAAGGCUUCUCGCACCAAGAAACAACAGCCUUGGAGCAACUUGAGCAAGUGCGCAUGACAUCCAGGUAUUUGGACACGUACACAUCGGACUUGACAAAGGCCGUGAACCAACUGUCCAAGGAAGUCCAAUCUCUGGAAGAGAGCCAAGGGACAUGCGAAGCCAUGCUGCUCGCGCAGAAAAACAAGGCCGCGACCGAUGCGACGCCGCCAAGCGCCCGGCAAGAGAUGGUGGAUGGUCUCUGCGACCAAGUCGGCCGGCUUCAAAGCCAGAACAUCGAGUACGAGACCACAGUGAGCCGACUGGAAGAAGCGCUUGCGAAGGCGGCGGAUGAGACCGCGACAGCGCAGACACAGCUUCUCGAGCUGCGCGUGCAGCUUGGCGCGCAGGCCCAGCUCGUCGCCAAGUACGAAGCGUCGAGCUUGAGCGGCACCCAAGCCAUGGACUCGCUUCAGAGCUCCAUUGCACUGAUUUGCGCAGAGUACGACGCCGAGCGCGGGGCUCUGUUGAAGCAAGUCGAGGAGCUCUCGAUGGCGUCGAUCACGGGUGAACACGCGAAGCUCGUCGAAAUCGAAGAGAUGCAGGCCAAGAUCAUGGAUGCGGAGAACGCGCUUCGCGAGAAGGCGAAACACGUGGCCGAGCUCGAGGCGGCGCUUCACGCCAAGGACGAGAUGGAAAAGCGCGUGACACAGCAGCAGCAACCUGCGGACGAAGCCACCCAGCGGACCCAAGCCCCAUCAGCCAUCGCCCCAUGUGUUUCAGCAUCUCUUGCUUCCAGUGGGGCGCUGUCGCCAGCGUUGACUGCAACCAGCACCGUCGCAGAGUUUCCCGUCGCAACCCAAACCGCAGCCGCGCGCGUGCCCGACGAGUGCCCAACGUGCCACGAUGAACCGUUUGGUUUUAUGGUGCGUUGCCAGCAGUGCAAGCAGCAGUUCCACGCAGGGUGCGUUCGCUCCAAGCGCCAAAAGACGUCGCGUGCCGGCGUUUACGUCUUUGUGUGUGACGCGUGCGCGCCAAGUGCGUCCGGACCGGCGACUACCACGUCAGCAUAAAAAGAUCGUGCACGCCAUCCUUGCGCGAAAACUUUGGGCUUCUCAUUGAUCGUAUGCGACUGCGGGCAUCCAUAACACAAGCCUAACACGGCGAUUGCCAGUGCGCACACUGAAAUGCUUGGAAUAUCAGCGGCGGCGCUACCGACGCCACCGCGACUUUACCCUUGGAAGAUAUACGGCUCUUCUACUGACCACGCCGUGCGCCAGCCUUGCUGCUUC